CCUCGCAGUGGUUUCUCCUGCAGCUCCCCUGGGCUCGGCGGCCGGUAGUGCAGCCCGCCCAGCUCGGCUUCGCCCCUCUCCUCUGGGUGGCCCCAGCGCUCGGGCUGACACUCAUUCCACCCGGGAAGGGGAGGCGUGAGGAGGCUGGUGCAGAACUUGCCGUCUUCCCGCAGCGCCGUCCAGCUCAGUUCCCGGACCGGGCAGACAAAAGAGGCCGCCAGCGCAGGCAGGCACGGGCGGCGACAGCAGCGUGAUGGCCGGGCGGGGAGGCUGGGCGCUGCUGGUGCUGUGUGGGGCGCUGGCUGCCUGCGGGUGGCUGCUGGGCGCCGAAGCCCAGGAGCCCGGGGCAGCCGCUGCGGGCAUGAGGCGGCGCCGGCGGCUGCAGCAGGAGGACGGCAUCUCCUUCGAGUACCACCGCUACCCGGAGCUGCGCGAGGCGCUGGUGUCCGUGUGGCUGCAGUGCACCGCCAUCAGCAGGAUCUACACCGUGGGGCGCAGCUUCGAGGGCCGGGAGCUCCUGGUCAUCGAGCUGUCCGACAACCCCGGUGUCCACGAGCCUGGUGAGCCUGAGUUUAAAUACAUUGGGAACAUGCAUGGUAAUGAGGCUGUUGGACGGGAACUGCUCAUUUUCCUGGCCCAGUACCUGUGCAAUGAAUACCAGAAAGGCAACGAGACCAUUGUCAAGCUGAUCCACAGCACUCGGAUCCACAUCAUGCCUUCCCUGAACCCCGACGGCUUUGAGAAGGCAGCGUCUCAGCCUGGCGAGCUCAAGGACUGGUUUGUGGGUCGAAGCAAUGCCCAGGGAAUAGACCUGAACCGGAACUUCCCCGACCUGGAUAGGAUAGUUUAUGUUAAUGAGAAAGAAGGUGGCCCCAAUAAUCAUCUGUUGAAAAACCUGAAGAAAAUUGUGGAUCAAAACACAAAGCUUGCACCUGAGACCAAGGCUGUCAUUCACUGGAUUAUGGAUAUUCCUUUUGUGCUGUCUGCCAAUCUCCAUGGAGGAGACCUUGUGGCCAAUUACCCAUAUGAUGAGACCCGGAGUGGCAGUGCACAUGAAUAUAGCUCCUGCCCAGAUGAUGCUAUUUUCCAAAGCUUGGCUCGGGCAUACUCCUCUUUUAAUCCACCCAUGUCGAACCCCAAUCGGCCAUCAUGUCGCAAGAAUGAUGAUGACAGCAGCUUUGUAGAUGGAACAACCAAUGGAGCUGCUUGGUACAGCGUACCUGGCGGAAUGCAAGACUUCAAUUACCUCAGCAGCAAUUGCUUCGAGAUCACUGUGGAGCUUAGCUGUGAAAAGUUUCCACCUGAAGAGACUUUGAAGAGCUACUGGGAAGAUAACAAAAACUCCCUCAUUAGCUACCUUGAGCAGAUACACCGAGGGGUUAAAGGAUUUGUCCGAGACCUUCAAGGUAACCCAAUUGCCAAUGCAACCAUAUCGGUGGAAGGAAUAGACCACGAUGUUACAUCUGCAAAGGAUGGUGAUUACUGGAGACUGCUUGUACCAGGAAACUAUAAACUUACAGCCUCAGCUCCAGGCUAUCUGGCGAUAACAAAGAAAGUGGCUGUUCCCUAUAGCCCUGCUGUUGGAGUUGAUUUUGAACUGGAAUCAUUUUCUGAAAGGAAAGAAGAGGAAAAGGAAGAAUUGAUGGAAUGGUGGAAAAUGAUGUCAGAAACUUUAAAUUUUUAAAAAGGCUUCUAAUUAGCUGCUUUUAUUCUAUCUCUAUAAUGUAGUAUGAUGUAUUGUGGCCAUUUUCUUUUAGAUUUUGUGCAGUUAAUAUUUAACAUUGACUUAUUUUUUAAUCAUUUAAAUAUUAAUAGACUACUUAAAAUAAAUACUUAGACUCUUAGGUAAAAAUAUAAUAACUUGGUCUCUUUCUUCUCUUAUAUAACAUUCAUUUUCCUACAUAUAUUACACGAAGGAUUGUAGAAAAGAUUGAAAUGAUUUUGCCAUGUUAGACUUAAAUGCAAUAUUCACAUUAUAUACAAGACAGAACUUUUUGAGUAAUUCUAGCUUUUAAAAAUUAAUGAAAUUCUUUUAAUGUAAUUGGUGACAAUGUCACAUAAUGAAUGCCAUUGAAAAGGUCAACAGCUGUAGCUUGGAGUUGUGAGCACUAUACUGAAAGACUUAAAUAGCUCAGUAUAAACUGUCAUUUGUCUCUUGUGCUGACUAGCUAUAUAAGCAUGAUUUUGCUAAUGCAUUUUUUUUUGAUGGGAAGAAAAUAUAAAUGUUUAGCAAGAGGUAUUAUAAAGGAAAUGGAAAUUGACUUCUUGCUUGUACAUAUAAGGGCUAUCCUGCUAUGUCAUUCAGCCUGUUAGCACUAUGUCAAAGUUUAAGGUUUCCUCUUGGUUGUUGAUUGGCCCAGAAUUGCAUUCUAAAUGAAUAAAGGUAAAAAAAAAUAUAUAUAUAUAUAUCCCCAUGGUCUGCAUUUUAAUUCUCUGAUUUUUGGUCUAGAGUUGUGGUCUCAUGAUAAAAGUAUAUUCCCUUGAUAGCGGCCUCUUAUUUGUUCAUCCUCUAUAUUUUUAAAUUUAUUAAACUGACUGCUUUAUGCCAAGCACAGUGGAA